AAAUAGUAAAUACAAUGCACAGAAAAUAUUUCCUCCCUAAAGGUUAAAGCAGAUUUCCUACUCUCACUCCUCCCUCUCUCGCUGGUGAAGGAGAACGAGAAACGGAACAGACUAUGCUAUCCCAGCUCACAAGAUGGCAACUUCCUCUCCCCCUCGGGAGUAAGAAUCGUUACACCAUAACCAUUCUCUUGUUCCUCUCGUUAUUUCUCUUCACUGUUUUCCUCUUCAGCAAACGAGCUGUCGAGCCCACUCUCUUCCUCUACAGAGAUCUCUUUUCCCAACCCCCUCCGUUUUCUUCUUCACUAACCAAUUCCAGCUCUUCCUUUUCAUCAGAUUCCACUCUCUCAAUUGCUCCUCCAGAACCAGCACACUCACCCACUCACCCGCUCGUCCCUCCCAAUUCUCAAAACAACAGCUUCCGGAGCAUCAGCGACGAGCUCUCUGUUCAAGAUGAGACCGACCCAGUGCAAGACAAUGAGUCCUUUGGUGUAACGGAUGAUAAUGGCGGUGAUUUAUCGAUGGAGGGAGUUAAAGAGUGUAAUUUCUACAUGGGCACUUGGGUGAAAGAUGAAGGGUACCCAAUUUACAAACAGGGUUCUUGCCCUUAUGUUGAUGAGGCUUUUGAUUGCCAAAGCAAUGGUAGGGGUGACUCCGAUUAUCUCAAGUGGCGGUGGAAGCCCGACGGCUGUGAUCUUCCGAGGUUUAAUGCAACAGACUUCUUGGCGCGAAUAAGAGGUAAAAGGCUAAUGCUGGUUGGAGAUUCCAUGAACCGGAACCAGUUUGAGUCAAUCCUUUGCCUCCUCCGGGAAGGGCUGCAUAAUAAGAGCAAAAUGUAUGAAAUCCAUGGCCACAAAAUAACAAAAGGAAGAGGCUACUUUGUCUUCAAAUUUGAGGACUACAGCUGUACAGUGGAGUUUGUGAGGUCACAUUUCCUUGUGAAGGAAGGUGUCCGUGUUAAUGCUCAUGGGAACUCAAAUCCAACUCUAUCCAUAGACCAAAUUGACAAGACAGCUAAGCGUUGGAAGCGGGCUGACAUUCUUGUCUUUAAUACUGGCCAUUGGUGGACUCAUGGAAAGACUGCUCGGGGAAAAAAUUACUAUAAAGAAGGUGAUUAUCUCUACCCACAGUUUGAUUCAGUUGUGGCGUAUAAAAGGGCUUUGAGGACCUGGGCAAAUUGGGUUGAUAAAAAUGUGAAUCCUAAGAAGCAGUUGGUCUUCUAUCGGGGCUACUCUUCUGCCCAUUUCAGAGGUGGAGAUUGGGACUCAGGCGGCUCAUGUAAUGGGGAGACUGGACCUGUCUUGAGUGGGACCAUCCUCAAUAACUAUCCACAAAAAAUGAAGAUAGUAGAUGAGGUGCUCAAGGAGAUGCAGGUUCCUGUGAAACUGUUGAACGUGACAAGGUUGACCAACUUCCGCAAGGAUGGCCACCCUUCAAUCUAUGGCAAGAAUGUGACUGCUGGGAAAAAAGUUUCCACAAGGAGGCAGGAUUGCAGCCAUUGGUGUCUUCCUGGGGUCCCUGAUGCAUGGAACGAGCUUAUUUAUGCUACCCUGGUUUCUCAACAGAUAGGUACGAAGAAAAAAAUCCAAUGACUCUUUCCUUUAAUUAAGUCAUGGUUCAUAUGAUGCUUCCUCUAGAUUUUCUUGCAUAUAACUCCACGUCGAGUUUUCGAAAUCAUAGUUCACCACUUCAUGAAUAUUUUGCUUAUUUAUGAGAUAUAAUGCAUUAAGAACUCUUACGUGGAGUUCAGAGAAUCUUGGGUAAGAUAAACUACUUGUUCUACGUGGAGUUACAGUCAGAAAGCUUGCUUGCAAAUUAAGAAAGAACUGGGAUUAUUCCUUCCUA